CGCAUCCCCUCACCCGGAGGACGCCCCCCCACCGAGGAGCACCCCCAGAGCGGGAGCAAUCCCGUGGAGGAACAUCCCAGGCUGCACGCGGCAGGAGCAGCGCCCCUCUUGGAGCAGCCCGGACUGGAGCACCCCCGCAGAGGAACACCCUCGGGCCCGGGGCAGCGUCCCACCUGGAGCCUAGACGAGUGUCGGGGCCAGCGGCUGCCAGAUGCUUUUUCUGUCUUUCUUUCUGUUCCUUUUUGUUUUUUCAGCCUUUUCUAGUUGCCUAAUCUUAAUCACACUUGCGGCUUCCCUCUGCGCUGUCUUGUUUCACAGUGUUAGGGAGGCAGCAACUUGCUGCUUCUCACCUGCCUUCUGAACCGCCCAGGCCAUCCCUUCGCCACCAGUGUGAACGAGGGGCCGCUGCCCCGCCCCAGCCCAGGGACACCCCUCUGUGCAGAGAAACCAUGCACCACAGAGGGCUGCCCUUGACACUUUUGAUACUUAUGUUUAUAAACACCUCAGAGGAGACUUGCACUUCACGUCCUCACAUUACGGCUGCUGAAGGGGAACCUUUCUACCUGCAAUAUUGCCCACCUACGUCUGAGGAUGAGAAUGAAACAGACUCCAUAAAAUGGUACAAAACCAGUGGAUCACGUGGGAAGGUUGAGCUAGGCUCAAGCAGCUCACCCAGAAUUACUUUGCAUGGUUAUGUUUUGGAGUUUUGGCCAGUUGAGUUGGAUGACAGUGGACGUUACACUUUCCAAAUGGGAAAUUAUUCUUAUGAUUGGACAUUAAAUGUCAUUGGAAGAAGUAAAGACAGCUGUUUUACUGAAAAACAAAUAAUUAGUAAAACUGUGGAAGUUAAAAAAUCCUUGCAGGUUUUCUGUGAACAUAAUUACUAUCAAAAAGUGGUCAACAGAACAUCAUUGUAUAAGAACUGUGAAAAGAUAGAAAACAACAAAGACCCAUUUUUAAAGAAAAAUGCUGAGUUUAGAGAUCAGGGAUAUUACACCUGUGUGUUCUUCCUUCCUCAUAAUGGAAAACUAUUUAAUGUCACCAAAACCUUCAAAAUAACAGUAAUUAAAGAUCGCAGUAAUAUAAAUCCAGUUCUUCUUGGACCAAAGCUUACUUAUGUUAAAGUGGAAUUAGGAAAAGAUGUACAGCUCAACUGCUCUGCUUUGCUGAAUGAAAAGGAUGUAGUUUACUGGAACUUCUGGAGAGCAAAUGGAAGUGAUCCUAAUGUACAUGAAGAGGAAGGAAUAAGAAUUAAGACUUCAGAAGGCAAAUGGCAUGCUUCAAAAAUACUGAGAAUUGAAAAUGUUAAUGAAAACAAUCUACAUUUUUCAUAUAAUUGCACUGUGGCCAGUGAGGGAGGCAUAGACACCAGAAGCUUCAUCCUGUUGAAAAAAGAAGAUCUGGUUGAUAUCCCCGGCUACGUCUUCACCACAGGAAUGAUCAUAGCUGUUUUGAUCUUGGUGGCAGUUGUGUGCCUAGUGACUGUGGGUGUCAUUUAUAGAGUUGACGUGGCUCUAUUUUAUAGACAUUUUAUAGGAAGAGAUGAAACAUUAACAGAUGGAAAAACAUACGAUGCUUUUGUGUCUUACCUGAAAGAAUGCCAACCUGAGCACGGAGCGGAGCACACCUUUGCCGUGGAGACUCUGCCCAGGGUGUUGGAGAGACACUUUGGGUAUAAGUUAUGCAUAUUUGAAAGGGAUGUGGUUCCUGGAGGAGCUGUUGUUGAUGAAAUCCACUCACUGAUAGAGAAAAGCCGGAGACUCAUCAUUGUCCUAAGUAAAAGCUACAUGUCUAAUGAAGUCAGGUAUGAACUUGAAAGUGGUCUCCAUGAAGCUCUGGUGGAAAGGAAAAUUAAAGUCAUCUUGAUUGAAUUCACACCGGUCAGUGACUUCUCAUUCCUGCCCCAAUCACUAAGGCUUUUGAAAUCUCACAGAAUUCUGAAGUGGAAGGCUGACACUUCCCUGUCUUAUAACUCAAGGUUCUGGAAAAAUCUUCUCUAUCUGAUGCCUGCAAAAAUGGUCAAGCCAUGUAGGGAUGAAUCUGAAGUCUUUCCUGUUCUUUCACAGUCUUGAUUCAGAAAAGCCAAAUGUGAAAAAGGCCUCCAGACGCUCUGGGGAUUGAGGCAUAUGAGCCUGUUUUUAACAAAGGGCAUUAUUCAAAAUAGUUGAUUCUAUGAAAAUCCCGCUCACAGUGUGAAGAUGAAACUGGUCAUUAGGUUGCCAGGGAUGAGACUCAGCACUGUGCUGUGGUCUUGAGCUCCCCGGAGAACCUGGCCUUCACAAGAAAUGAAUCUCCUGUUUCCCCCUCAUCUCUCACUGGAUGCAGGGGCUCGCCCUCAAUCCCAUCUUCAGCAACUGUAAGCCUGGACAUGAUGCAAACGGCUUAGGCCUCACAAAACGGCAACAGGGCCCUUGGAGCCCUUAGGCCCUGCCCAGGGCCUGAGCAUAAUCGGACCAAUUGCGGGAACUUGUUAAAGGAAACCCAAACCACUGUUUUGUCUUUCAUAAGAAACACACACUUUAAUUCAAAUAAUUCUCUGAGUUUUUCAAAACUGGCCCAAAACAUUUGUUGAUUUUAUGUGAAUGUUUAUACACAGGAUGGGUGCCAGAUUUAAUAGCAAAAAAUGGUUUUUAUUUGCUUGAUUUUUUAAAACUUAUAUGUUUAAAAUGCCCUUAAGGUGGAGGCAGCCUCGUGGUUGUACAUCCAGGUUGCUUGAGCACAAAUCCUGAGUUUGCUGCUUACUACUGUGACCUCUGGAAUCUUUUCUAACUGAUCUGUGCCUCAGUUUCUCCAUCUGAACAAUUAGAGUUUAUAAUAAUUACACCUACCUUACAGGGGAACUAAAUGAAUAAAUGUAAAUUACAAAAGUUCUUAUUACAGAUUUAACAUUCUCAAAGUGCUGCUAUUACUGUUAUUGUUAUUAUUAUUAUUCAGAUUAAUUAUUUAUGAGUGAACUACAGUGGAAGCCAGAAAGCAGGAGAGAGAACGAGAUCUGGAAAGGCAGGUGGUUUGACACGAGGGUAUUUGUAUUUACAGAGAAGCAUGUGGAAGGAGUAUUUCAGCAGGGCAACAGGUAUUUCUUGCAGUCUGUUUCAGAGAAUCAGUGAAAGGCCAGCUCUCUAAAUGCAUAAAGAAAUACCUCAUGUGUGUCUAUUGGACUGGAAACAUGUGCAACUUUACCUUGGGAGAUAUAUGUAUCUGCCUCUGUACAGUGAGCUGAACACCAUGGGCCUCCUUGACCGCCUCAGCAGUGUGGCUGGCUGCAAAUCACUCAGUGAUACAUAUCAGCCUUGAUGACAAGGAAAAAGUUGAAUGAGGUUGGAGGCUGUUUAGAAUCUAUGUGUGCGGUGUGAGGGUUCCAGAGAAGCUCAAAGCAGAGACUGUUUAAAGCAAGUAGAAUAGAUAUUGCUGAAAAUCAAAGAAGAGCAAGAUUUUCAUUAUAUUUUUCAGUGUAAGAAAGUGAUAUAAUUUUUGUAGAGCUUACAAUUUUGUGUGCUAGUUGGAUGGGUAUGAAAAGAAAAAUAAUUUAAUUACUGACUUAAGCUUCAUAUGUGAAAAUAUAUGCUCAAGAGAAAUGUUUUGGCUAUCUUCAUAGUCUCUAAUAUAUACAGAAUGAUUUUGCUCUUCUCUUUUAUUAUGUGUGCUUAUAAUAUGUUAAAUGUAUUUAGUAUUAAAUAUGUUAAAUGUGUACAUUAAAAUAUGCU